AAAUGAGAAUUACGUGUCGUGGUGUCAACACGCUUCUUCUAAAACGUCCACGCUUUCAUGCCUGACAUUAUCUAAAACCCUCCGGCGGUGUGCGCUCAACCAUGGCGGUGCCGCUUUUCAAUCUCGCUCCCGAUAUGGCUGUCUCAAGACUCUGCCUAGGCACCAUGACGUUCGGCGAGCAGAACUCUAUGUCUCAGUCCUUCCAGCUCCUCGACAAAGCCUUCCAAUCCGGAAUCAAUUUCUUCGAUUCCGCCGAAAUGUAUCCGGUGCCGCAGCGUGCAGAGACACAAGGAAAGAGCGAGGAGUAUCUCGGACAUUGGAUUCGCUCCCGCAAUAUCCCGCGGGACCGUUUGGUGCUUGCUACUAAGGUUUGUGGCCCAUCGGGGAAAAUGACUUGGAUACGAAAUGGACCAGAAAGUGUUGAUUCCAGGAAUAUAGCAGAGGCACUUGACAAUAGUUUGCUGCGCCUACAAAGUGAUUACAUUGACUUGUAUCAAGUUCAUUGGCCGGACCGCUAUGUACCUAUGUUUGGAGAAACUGAGUUCGAUUCUCACCGGAACUUUCCCUAUGUUAGUUUUGAGGAACAACUUAUUGCUCUAGAGAAAGCUAUUUGUUCUGGUAAGAUAAGAUAUAUUGGACUAAGUAAUGAGACACCGUAUGGUCUUAUGAAGUUCCUUCAUGUUGCUGAAGGUCUCUCUCGCAAUCCUAGAGUAGUCUCUGUGCAGAAUGCUUAUAAUCUCCUCUGCCGAAAUUUUGAUUCUGGAAUGGCAGAAUGCUGUCACCAUGAGAGGGUAAGCUUACUAGCAUAUAGCCCUUUGGCAAUGGGUAUUCUCUCCGGGAAAUAUCUCUCUCUUGAUGGAGGUCCAAGCGAUGCUCGUUUGAAUUUGUUCAAAGGGAGGUAUGCUGAAGGGGAAUCAAGAUACAAUCUGUCAGAUGGUAUCACUGGAAAAGCUGCCAGGUUAUAUUUUUCCAUUGCAAAGAAGUAUGAUGUUCAUCCUGUAUCAUUUGCUAUAGCUUUUGUUUUGAGACACCCUCUUGUGGCCAGUGCUGUUUUUGGAGCUACAAAGCUGUGGCAGCUCCAAGAGGUGCUCGAUGGCUGCAGAGUCGAGCUUACUCCAGAGAUAAUUGCAGAAAUUAAUGAGGUGCAUUCAGCAUUUCCCAACCCCUGUCCCUAGAAAAGUGUUCGGAACAGUUCAGAUAAACGCUGUAGCACAAUAGUCUCUCGUGCUUGGAAGAGUGAAGGGCAUUCCCAACCAAUGCUUUCGUAUAUAACCAGAAAGAGCGGCUGCUAGUCAAUCCAUUCAUCAUAGCCUCGUCCUUCUUCGCCAUUGCUUGAAAAUUAUAAGGGUAUUUGGUUAUAUUGGAAGAGGAAUUCUUGAUAUAGGUGCUUGAAGGGUGUUAGUUAUGUACAUGCAUUGAUACUUUUAUGUGCCGAUGCUAAUAAUGUUGUGCAUACUGUUUUGAACUCGCCUUAAUAAAGUUUCUGGCUCUCUCUCCUGAGAUUUGCAUUUGUGCUUUCCUUUUAUCGAAAAACAGUAGGUAGGACUAUUGUAGUUAUUGUAAUUAGGAACACCUUUCGCGUGUAGACUCAUGAAUUUGAGUUCCAUUUGGAAUAAAGUUUGGGUUGGUGGGUUGGGCCCCAAAUUUUAA